AUUUCGACAAAGGUUGCCAGACCAUUGUUUGAAUCUCUAAUACUUGCAACAUUAGAAACUGCUAUUCAGACAAAGAUCAUGUCUCGGUUUGAAGUAGGCAACAACGGCGUCUCGAUUCCGACAGCAGUCGACAACAAAGCUCUCGCAGAUUUUGAACCUCCAAAGAAACCUAAAAGAAACAAGUUCGCUUUUGUUUGUGCCAUCCUCGCUUCCUUGGCUUCUAUCUUGCUUGGAUACGAUAUUGGAGUGAUGAGUGGGGCUAUAAUUUUCAUAAAAGACGACCUGAAAAUAAGCGACGUUCAAGUUGAAAUCCUCGUCGGAAUCCUCAACUUGUAUUGCCUCCUCGGAGCGUACGCCGCCGGUCGGACCUCGGACUGGAUUGGCCGCCGCUAUACCAUCGUCGUGGCCGCCGCAAUCUUCUUCGCCGGAGCUUUCCUGAUGGGGUUCGCCACUAACUACGCUUUCCUCAUGGUUGGUCGCUUCGUUGCCGGGAUCGGCGUCGGCUAUGCCAUGAUGAUUGCUCCUGUUUACACCGCCGAGCUCUCCCCCGCCUCCUCGCGUGGCUUCCUCACUUCAUUCCCCGAGGUUUUCAUUAAUAUUGGCUUAUUGCUGGGAUAUAUUUCGAACUAUGCAUUUUCGAAGCUCCGACCCGAUUUAGGGUGGAGGGUAAUGCUCGGCGCCGGCGCGGUCCCAUCGUUUUUCUUGGCUAUCGGGGGGUUGACAAUGCCGGAGUCGCCUCGUUGGCUUAUUAUGCAAGGUCGACUCGGUGAAGCCAAGAGAGUUCUCGACAGAACUUCAGACACUAAAGAAGAAGCUCAGCUUCGACUCAGCGAUAUCAAAGAAGCCGCCGGAAUCCCACAAGAUUGCACCGACGACGUCGUUCAGGUUCAAAAGCAAUCCCACGGCGAAGGUGUGUGGAGGGAAUUAUUUCUGCACCCCACCCCGGCGGUUAGACACGUCAUGAUUUGUGCCAUCGGCAUCCAUUUCUUCCAACAAGCAAUCGGCUUAGACUCCGUCGUUCUGUACAGUCCGAGGAUUUUUGAAAAAGCCGGGAUCACGUCUUCAAACCAUAAGCUACUCGCUACCAUCGCCGUCGGAUUUUGCAAGAUGAUCUUCAUCUUAGUGGCCACGUUUUUACUAGACAGAAUUGGACGGCGUCCUUUGCUAUUAAGCAGUAUCGCCGGCGUUGCCGUUUCAUUGGCUACACUCGGACUUUCAUUAACCAUCAUCAAUCAUUCCAACCAUAGAGUACCUUGGGCCAUCGGAUUAUGCAUCGCCAUGGUUUUAACCGCCGUGUCAGUUUUCUCGAUAGGGAUGGGACCCAUUGCUUGGGUGUACAGCACGGAGAUCUUCCCGUUGAGGCUUCGCGCUCAGGGAGCGAGUAUAGGAGUUGGAAUCAACCGGGCAAUCAGCGGUGUAAUCUCGAUGUCUUUUAUUUCGUUGUACAAAGCGAUCACCAUCGGCGGAGCCUUUUUCUUGUACGCCGGGAUUGCGACAGUGGCGUUUUUCUUUUUCUUCGCUUGCUUUCCGGAGACUCAAGGGAAAACGCUGGAGGAGACGGAAGCGCUUUUCGGUAAAUUGAUAGGUUGGAGGGAAGAAGCUAAAAAGAUAAGGAGGAAGAGGAAGAUGGAAGAAGACAACAGUGAUCGAAGUAAUAAGCUGUGCCAACUUGAGUUAGGAAAUGACAUAACUACCGAUAGCAAAUGUUAGAUAUGUAAAAAAUGG